UUGAAACCAAACAAAAUGUUGAAAUGAAUGAUAUAACUUUUUCUGAGCAUUCUAUAAUUGAAUCUCAGGAAUAUGAAUCAUCAUUGGAUCACAGUGUUAAAACUGAUCGUUUAACAGAAUCACUGAGGGAACUGUCCAGAUUUGAAGAUUCUGGUGAUAUUUCUGGUUCCAACCAUGAUGUAUUUUCUUUCUGUGAUGAUACACCGCCUACUGUUCAAGCAUUUGAUUUACGCGAAGAAGAUUUGUUUGAAGAAUCAAGUGAGAUUAGUAAAGAACUAUCGCUUAUAUCAUCUGAUUUACAAACAAGUGGAUGUUCCACCGAAUCGGAACCAUUUGGAAAUUUACAUUUCAUUGAGCCUUUAAUGACCAGUACUCCAAGGAAGCAAAAAGUUGCAUCGUUAUCAAAAACUAAACUUCAAAAGAAAAAGAUCUCCAGAAGCACUAUAAAAAAGGCAUUUUCAGAACAAUGUGAUUGCCCGAAGAAAUGUACUAGGCAAAGCUUUUUUACAAGGGAUUUAAUUGAAAAUUGCCAUUCCACAUUAUGGUGUUUAAAUGCUAAAGAAAGACCAAGGUGGUUCCAGAAAAAGUUUGAAGACUUCCAAAGUGUAAAAGAAGGAAAAUUUCAUUUCAUUCUCCAUGGUCAUGGGGUAUGCCUGAAAAGUUGGUUGAUUGCACAUGGGAUCAAAAAAUCAAUAUACUACAAGGAAAGAAAAACUUGGAUGACCAGAGACGAAGGACCACUCUCUUCGGUCAGAAAAUUAACAUCAGAAAAAAGACUUCAUGCCAUUAACUGGUUUGGGGAAUACAUUGCAAUGAGAGGAGAAAAUCCUCCACAUAUUCAAGAAAUUUGGCUUCCCUUUGGUUUAAGGAAAAAUGAAGUUUAUUCAAGAUAUGAAGUGGAAACUGAAGAAGAAAGCAGAGACAGAGUAUCUUAUCAAACAUUUUUAAACAUUUGGAAGGAUCACUUUUCACAUGUAAAAAUUAAACAGAGCAACUUGUUCACAAGAUGUACUACAUGUGACAAGCUUGACAGAGAACUUCACAAACAGCUUAACCCAGAGAAAAAAAGGGACAUUUUUAUCAAGAAGCAAGAACAUCUUCACAGACAAAUGAAAGAAAAAUCUGCAUAUUACCGAAGAAAAACUGUUAGCAGACGAAGACCAGAUAGAUAUAUAAGCCUCAUUAUAGAUGGGAUGGACCAAUCCAAGACAAACAUUCCCCAUUUUAAGGGGAGACCAAGCAAGGCAUUUGCAGCAACAAAGCAACUAAAUGUACACGUUACUGGAGUUUUAAGCCACGGUUUGAAUAAAAAAUAUCUGUUUACAGACCUACACCAGUACAAGCAUGAUUCCAAUCUCACAUUGAACGUUUUGAUGAAAGUACUUUGGAAUCACUCAAAGGGAAAAUCAUUGCCACCCGUUCUGUAUCUACAAGCAGACAACUGUUUCAGAGAAAACAAGAACAAGUUUGUGCUGUCUUUCUUAGAGCUUUUAGUCAGGCGUCGGAUUUUUUAUGAGGUGCAGCUUUCCUUUCUUCAUGUUGGGCAUACCCAUGAAGAUAUUGAUCAGAUGUUCAGUGUCAUUGCUGAUAAUCUCAGGCACAAAGAUGCUGCCACACUCCCAGAGAUGAGUGACAUACUCUACAGUGCAGAAGAACUGAGAGGCUGUUUUGACAUAUCUGGAUGGUUAUCUCCAUGCUUAAAAGGAGUUAAAUACCACACAAGGACAAAUACAUUCAGGUAUAGACUCAAUGAAAUGACCGGAGAUGUCCACAUCUACUACAGAAAGAAUGUGGACCAUUCAUGGAAGACUUUGAACGGCAGUUUCUUUAAACAAAGGGUUGACGGAUCCAUAAUGAUGCCAACAGCUGCACCACCUUUGUUGUUGGCAUCAUUUGAAAAGAUCGAUAUCCAAAAUAUUAAGAAAAGCUUGUCGAUUUGGUCAAAGAUGAUGUCCGUAUCAGAAAAUACAUGGUGGGAAAAGUUCAUUUCAUUGUUGGGUCAAAGUCAAGGAAAUACAAAUAGUUAUUCAAGGAAAGGGGCAAUUUGGUAUCUACCCAAGAUUCCCAACUAUAACCCACAUGCCCUUCAGGACACGGAAAACAACCAUCCUGCUGUCCCUGAAGAUUUACAGAGACUGCUUACAAAUGAAGAUGAAAAUCCAGAGGUCUUCUUGAGUGAUUAGUUUGGUGCCUUUUCCAGAGAUCUGCUUUGCAUGUACUUUGUUCAUUUCAUAUACCAAACAGGAGUAAAACAUGUUAUAUCAGUCCCAAAUUUCUGCUUCUAUCACAUUUUGCUUGAUAUUUCAAUAAUCAUAAAUUCCUUUUUGUCCAAACUGAUAAUUAUGGUCAUUUUCUUAUUUACUGUACUUUUAUUUUUAUAUUUUUUAUCCUUAAAAAUGAACAAAUGUCCAAUGUGAACUUGUAUUUUUAAAAAAUGUACAAUUGAGUUUAGAAUAGUUUAGAGUACUGGUGUUUUUAGAAAGAUUUGGAAAACAGGAGUUUUCCUACACAAAUUUGUGCACUCUGAUAGUGUGACAGCUGUAGUAAUGUAGAUGUUAAAAUGAUGGAGUCACAAUUUAAAAGUUGUAGGUUCCACGUGUAAGAUUAAUGUACUUUAUAGAUUCGUAGAUCUGACAAUUAAUAAUGUCGGAAGAAUCAUGGUCUCAUGAUUUAUUUUAGAAAAACAUUUUUCAUGAUUUUUUGGAGAUCAAUGAAAAACAUAUACUUUGAAUCAUGUACAUGUUGGAAUAGGAGAACUGCAUGUUAAUCGUAAUUUGUAGUGUACAAUCCUUGAUAUAAGAAGAAAAUAACUCAAACAACUUAAGAGAAAAUGUUCCUUAAAUUCUGCAUUUGAAGAGAAUUGUGAAAAAGGGUAGAGUAAUAUUUCUCAAAACACUUAGUAUUAUGAUUUAGUUUUACAACUUUUCUAUAAAAAUUUUGAAAGAGAGGAACGUUCCUCAAAUAAAUGCUUGUUAAUAUUUUGAUCAUUUGAAAUUGGGAGAGGAACGUUCCUCAAAUGAAUGCUUGUUAAUAUUUCAUUUCAAUCAUUAGAAAUUGGGAGAGGAACGUUCCUCAAAUGAAUGCUUGAUAAUAUUUCAAUCAUUAGAAAUUGGGAGAGGAACGUUCCUCAAAUAAAUGCUUGUUAAUAUCUCGAUCAUUAGAAAUUGGGAGAGGAACGUUCCUCAAAUGAAUUCUUGUUAAUAUUUCAAUCAUUAGAAAUUGGGAGAGGAACGUUCCUCAAAUGAAUGCUUGAUAAUAUUUCGAUCAUUAGAAAUUGGGAGAGGAACGUUCCUCAAAUAAAUGCUUGUUAAUAUCUCGAUCAUUAGAAAUUGGGAGAGGAACGUUCCUCAAAUAAAUGCUUGUUAAUAUCUUGAUCAUUAGAAAUUGGGAGAGGAACGUUCCUCAAAUGAAUUCUUGUUAAUAUUUCAAUCAUUAGAAAUUGGGAGAGGAACGUUCCUCAAAUGAAUGCCUGUUAAUAUUUUGAUCAUUAGAAAUUGAGAGAGGAACGUUCCUCAAAACAUUUGAUAAUAAGAUUCAUGCCUGGUUUUUACCAUUUUUCACAGCUUUGCAGGAAGGAGAAACAUUUCUUAAGUGCAUUUGAAUUAAGGAGAGGAACGUUCCUCAAAUUAAUGCUUCCAUUUGUAAGGAACGUUCAUUCAAUCAAUGAAUAAUUAGAUUCAAGAAUGAUUUUCACAAUUUUACUGUGGAGAGGAACGUUUAUUAGAGUUAAUGUUACAAUAUAAAUUCUGUACCUUCAAUUUAUAGGAUGAGGAACGUUCCCCAAACUCAUUGAAUUUGGAACUGUAAAAUAUCUUUAUAGAAAUAAAGAUACGUAUCUAUAUACAAAAGUUUAAGAUUUGU